CUAUGACAAAGAUCUGAAUAAAGUAGAUCAUUAAUUAAAGAAGUACUAAGAGAGGUAUCGUAAUUAAUAUCCAGUUAACUCGACGAAGUGCUUAAGUUAACUUCGAAAUCAGUUGGUUUCGCCUAAAAGAAGGGAGAAAGCUACACAAUUUUAUGCGUACCGUGUUGAAAUUGAAAUCGGAACAAGGUAGAAAUUUGCUUCGAUAUACAUUAUUUUCAGAUCAUUGGAGAAAUGAUCUUUAGAUAUUCUAUGCAACAUCUACAAGUACGUACGUACUUAAGUACUUGCGGUAUAACGUAGAAAUCGUAGGACGUCAUUAACAGUAUUAGUGAAAAUAUCAGAUGGUGUCGCCAUCUGUUGAAACGAAACGAUUGUCAUAAUCGUCAAACGAUUGGAACGACCUCUAUCCCGAUAUUUUUAUUUACGGAUGCGGUACCUAUUAACCACAAAAAGGAAAUCGACGUCAACCACAAAGGAAAUGUUCGUAUAUAUUUACUCAAACAGUAUAUCCUAAUUAGCAAUUUGUCGCGUAUAAAUUUUAGAGGAGUUAUAUCGUAGACUACAAGUAAUUGAUUAUAGGAAACUCGAUAGAAAGACGUAUAGGUACGUGUACAUACGGCGACUUGCGAGCACUUUGAUGUCUUCGCGAUAUUAAAUACUUCCGAAUCGUUACAAAUGAUCAUGUUUCUCUGUACAAUUUUCUAGCUUUUUUAAACAGGAAAUAAUUAAUCGCGAACAGGAGAUAGAAAAAUUGGAAGAUUCGAAAUUUUCCGGAAUCAUACUUCGAAUGUAAAGUUUCUAAUUUACACGUAGGGGAUAGGAUAAAUUUAACGUGCAUUUAAGAGUCUCGCUAGCCGACUAACGGAUUAACACAGUUAAGUAAAUGGAAUCGGAACACCGUAUCUCUCGGCGGUCCACCACCUCCGUACUGCUCAUCGACAUAAACAUCGUGGCGAAAUUUUACUCACGAUCUCAAGAUCGUGAGAUCUCCAAAUCUUUCUGUUUCAUGAUUUUUUAAAACAUAACUGAUCGAUACGACGCGAGGGUUCAGGAAUCGAUCGUCGCGUUAUAAUUUUUGAUAAAGACGUUGACAGCGACGCUGAAAUCGCUGGAAAAGCGACGGAAGAACGCGUAUCGUCCGUAUGUAGAGGUAAAUUUUCUUGGACUAAUUGUAAGGCGGCAGACAACGACCUCACGGAAUAGAAGGUAUGACUCAUCGUCCGGCUAUACGAAGCGGCGUAGCGCGAUGUCUCGCUUCGUGAAUUCGACCAAACUCGAGACGGUGGUUACCAAUUACCGCAACUCGUGUUCCAUUCUAUCCUCGAUUUCAGCGACGUACCCUGCUCUGAUUUAUCGUAUCUAGAUAUUAUUCGAUCGAAGAUACAGUUGGUCGUCGUUAUGAAACGUCCGUUACGCGUGCGUAGGACAGGGACAGGAUGGCGGAACAGAAGAAGAUAACCUUUACUGCCUCUCGAAUCGAUACAUAUCGAUUUGUGCUAUUAAAAAUCGGCACGCUUCAAACGAUACUGGAAAAUAACUAAAAUUGGCGAGGAACGAACGUACAGUGGAACAUAAAGAGGAACAAGGUCGAUGGCACGAGUCGGGGGUGAAGAACACAGGGAGCGAGUUACAAUAAUAGAAAAAGGGAUUUUACAGCGGCAGGGGAUCGUGCAACGAUAGUAAGCGCAGCUGGAGACGAAGCAACGCGACUAUCGUGUCCCUUUCAACGGGAAUAACAACGAAGAAUGACGAGUGGCGCACCACGUUUUAAGAGUGACUCACGAGACGAAUGCACUCCCAGUCUCAUUUAGCUCUUGCCGGUUGCUUUCCUUCUUUUUCUCGUUUUUUUUUUUUUUCACUUCCUCUUUUUGUUUAAACGAUAUCGAAAGAACGCAUGAAAUUCGGGCGAUGAGCCCACGUAAAUUCGAACGAAGGUUAUCGAACAAUUUCCGCAAAAUAUAGCGCACAGUGGCGAAAGACAUUCUCGCGAUCGAGUUACAUUUCCGCUGGAUGCGCUUUGAGUCCAUCGAACCGGAUAUCCUGCUGUUCUCGGCUCCCCAGUGGACGGUACUUUUUUUCGAGCGUGCAAACGAACCAUCGUUGCACGAAGCCCCGUCUAGGCUCGCGAAAGCAUCGAUCGGAGGUCGAUCGGAUCGCGUGGCUCGAAAACGUGGAAAGACGAACGAAACGUUAGAAGAGAAAGAGAAGAGAAAAUGUUUGGGGGACCGGAGGGUUAGUAGCCGGGAGUCGAACGCGAUCGAGCCGACGAGUUAUCGUCCUGUGGAGGCUGUCGGUCGGCACGUCGCGUCGGCUGGUCGACUCAUGCGACGUACCACGCCGGUUGGAGAAUCUUCUCCCCCUCCGUGUGGUCCGUGCUGCCAGGCUAGAGGCGCAUCGCGUAACCGAGUGGAGAGUCGACCUCAGGACACCGACACGAGCACGUUUCCUCGUCAGUUUCGUUCCGCAGGCUCCACUCCACUGGUGCACUCCUGCGCGACACUCGUCCGUACUCGGUUCGCUGCACACGUUCUCUUGCAACGCACGCCACAUACCGACGACGUUUCUUCGCUGUGAGUCUAUUCUCUCUCGCUUCGACCCUUCUCGAUAUUCCAAGGAUAUCAAUCAGCGGAGCCGUACGCUUAGCCGGCGCACCUAUCUUCUCGGUUCGCAAAGGGAACGCGGAGAAAGGCCAGUUUCGAAAUGAGGGAAAUCGUGCAUCUGCAGGCUGGACAAUGCGGAAACCAGAUCGGUGCAAAGUUCUGGGAAGUAAUCUCCGAGGAACAUGGCAUCGACCAAUCGGGCAUCUAUCACGGAGACAGCGAUUUGCAAUUGGAGCGAAUUUCCGUCUACUAUAACGAAGCUUCUGUGGCGACCUCGACAAACGGAGGAAAGUACGUGCCGAGGGCCAUUCUCCUGGACCUGGAGCCAGGAACAAUGGACGCCGUUCGAUCAGGAGCGUACGGGAAGCUGUUCCGGCCGGACAAUUUCGUGUUCGGUCAGUCCGGAGCGGGCAACAACUGGGCAAAGGGACACUACACCGAGGGUGCUGAAUUGGUCGACUCGGUGUUGGACGUGGUCAGGAAAGAGUGCGAGAAUUGCGACUGCCUGCAGGGCUUUCAGCUGACUCACUCUCUCGGUGGCGGCACCGGAUCCGGUAUGGGGACGCUGCUCAUCUCCAAGAUUCGCGAGGAAUACCCGGAUCGAAUCAUGAACACGUACUCGGUGAUGCCGUCGCCGAAAGUGUCGGACACGGUGGUGGAGCCGUACAACGCUACCCUGUCGGUUCAUCAACUGGUCGAGAAUACCGACGAGACCUACUGUAUCGAUAACGAGGCGCUCUACGACAUCUGCUUCCGCACCUUGAAGGUCUCGAAUCCUAGCUACGGCGAUUUGAAUCAUCUGGUCUCGUUGACCAUGUCGGGCGUGACAACUUGCCUCAGGUUUCCCGGACAGCUGAACGCCGAUUUGCGAAAGCUCGCGGUCAACAUGGUUCCGUUUCCACGUCUGCACUUUUUCAUGCCUGGCUUUGCUCCGUUAACCUCUAGAUCCAUGCAACAGUAUUCCGCCCUGUCGGUGCCGGAGCUCACGCAGCAGAUGUUCGACGCGAAGAACAUGAUGGCCGCCUGCGAUCCCAGACACGGCCGAUACUUGACGGUGGCCGCCGUGUUUCGCGGCAGAAUGUCGAUGAAGGAGGUGGACGAGCAAAUGCUCAGCGUGCAGAACAAAAAUAGCUCUUACUUCGUCGAAUGGAUCCCGAACAACGUGAAGACCGCCGUUUGCGACAUUCCGCCCAAGGGUCUGAAAAUGUCCUCGACCUUCAUCGGGAACACCACCGCCAUUCAGGAGCUGUUCAAGCGAAUCUCCGAGCAAUUCACAGCGAUGUUCCGUAGAAAAGCCUUCCUGCACUGGUACACCGGCGAAGGCAUGGACGAGAUGGAGUUCACCGAGGCUGAGUCGAACAUGAACGAUUUGGUCUCGGAGUAUCAACAGUACCAAGAAGCCACUGCCGAGGAAGAUUUCGAAGCCGAGGAGUGCGCCGACGACUUUGAGACUUGCGAUCAAGAGUAAAUCGACCGCCGAUCGUUUCCUCCGAAGGAACUACUUUUCCACCGAACGAGACGUUUCUCUCUUUAUCCUCGUCCUUGUCCUUAUCGUUGUCCUUCUCUUCUUUUCGCUUCUCUCCUCUCCCUCUCCCGUCUCCUCGUCGUCCGCUCUGUUCCAUUCUCUCCCUCUGUCGCGACUUUUGUCUCGAUUCGGUGGUAGCUCUCUGCGAUAUCUCUGUCUUUUUAUACUUUUGUACGUAAAAAAUACAUUUUAUGAUCGCGGUAAGCGUUCGCCGCGGCGACCGGCGAAUCGAGUGGCUCGGCAGAGCUUCACACCGGUUGCCGUAUCUCGCAUCGCGACUACCGAAAAGUGAAAAAAUAGCGGAAAAUUUGCACGGAGAAAUCAUGGGGCAUCUCUGGCACGCGAACCUGGAGGAUCCAUCGUUCUCGAAGGAUAGCGACUUUACCAAACACCAAAGUACCCGAACCAAAAAUCUACUCUGUUCCGUUGCAUCCACGGCAACGAUAUCUCGUAUGCGUAUUAAUAGUGGCACGCGUUUUGCAAUGUGUAGCGCAAGUUUGUUCCUUGCAAAAAUAUACGUUUUUUUCAAUUAUU